CAAAUCUUCAAGCUAGAACUAUGGCGCAGAUGAAUACUUCUAAUAGUUUUAGACUGCAUUCUUUGGCACAUGCCUUUGCACAUCGUCCUGGAAAUAAUGCAAUUACAGUAGGGGCUGUAGAGGCUAGAAUGGUCCCAGCAAAAGCUUUUGCAGAAGAUUGGACUAAUUCUGGUGGAGUGCCUACAGAUGAACCACCUAGAUUUGCUGGAAAUAGUGGUGCUCUUCCUAUAAUAUUAAAUGGAAUUCAGCUCGGUCAAGCUAUUUACUACUUUGAAAACUUCUAUCCUUCAGUAUUAGAAGAAAGACGCAAAGUACAAUUUGGUACUCUUGAUCAAGGUAAUGAUCCAGUUAAAACUUUCUAUGAAAAAGUAAAAAAAUAUGGUAAACUGCUGAAUUUUGGCGAUGAAGUA